AUGGCGCCGCCCGCGCUGGUGCUCCUGCCGGAGUGGGGCUCCGGCCACCUCAUGUCCAUGCUCGAGUCCUGCAAGCGCGUCCUCCUCAGCGGCGGCGGCGGCAAGGCCUUCUCCAUCACCCUGCUCGUCAUGCGCCCGCCCACCGCCGAGGCCACCUCCGAGGUGGAGGCGCACGUGCGCCGCGAGGCCGCGUCCGGGCUCGACAUCCGCUUCCACCGCCUCCCCGCCGUGGAGGCGCCCUCGGACGCCGUCGGGGUCGAGGAGUUCAUCGCGCGGUACAUCGGCCUCCACGCGCCGCACGUCCGCGACGCCGUGGCCGCCAUGGCGUGCCCCGUGGCCGCGCUCGUGCUCGACAUCUUCGCCGCGCCCCUGGUGGACGUGGCGCGGGGCCUCGGGGUGCCGUCCUACGUCUUCAUGUCGUCCACGGGCGCCCUGCUCGCGCUCAUGCUGCACCUGCCCGUGCUCCAUGAGUCCGUCCCCGUGGAGUUCGACGAGGUGGAAGGGGAGGUGGAGGUGCCGGGCCUGCCGCCAGUGCCGCCGGAGUCCAUGCCGUGCCCCGUGGUGGACAAGAAGAGCCCCAACUACGCCUGGUUCUUGCGCCUCGGCGAUCGCUUCAUGGACGCCACGGGGAUCAUCGCCAACACCGCGGACGAGCUCGAGCCGGGGCCCCUAGCGGCCGUCGCCGGAGGCCGGUGCGUGCCCGGUCGCCCCGCGCCGCCGGUGUACCCGAUCGGCCCCGUGCUGUCGCUCGGCGACCGCUCGCCGUCUCACGAAUGCGUCGCGUGGCUGGAUGCUCAGCCGCCGGGGUCAGUGGUGUUCCUCUGCUUCGGGAGCAUGGGCUGGUUCGAUCCGCCGCAGGUGGUGGAGAUCACGGCGGCGCUCGAGCGGUGUGGCCACCGCUUCCUGUGGGUCCUGCGGGGCCCACCUUCGGACGCGUCCGGCGCCGGCGCCCCGGACGGGUCGGAGCACCCGACGGACGCGAAUCUCGACGAGCUCCUCCCGGAGGGGUUCUUGGAGAGGACCAAGGGCAAGGGUGUGGUGUGGCCGACGUGGGCGCCGCAGAAGGACAUCCUGGCGCACCCCGCCGUCGGCGGCUUCGUGACGCACGGCGGCUGGAACUCCGUGCUGGAGAGCCUGUGGCACGGCGUGCCGGUGGUGCCGUGGCCGCUCUACGCGGAGCAGCACCUGAACGCGUUUGAGCUGGUGGCCGACAUGGGCGUGGCCGUGCCGCUCAAGGUGGACAGGAAGCGGGACAACUUCGUGGAGGCCGCGGAGCUCGAGCGCGCGGUGCGGUCCCUGAUGGACGCCGACGGCGAGCAGGGGAGGAGGGCGAGGGAGAAGACCGCGGAUAUGAAGGCCGUGUGCCGGAAGGCCGUGGAGGAGGGCGGGUCGUCGCACGCAGCGCUGCAGAGGCUCGCCGAGGCGCUCCACCACGGCGCGGUGAUACCCAAGAAGUGA